AUGGUUUUCGAUCCACGAACUCUGGACAAUCCUCGAGAUGUGAGUGCAUAUCGAGAUCAACGAUAUCAAGGAUCUUUAAGAGAUCAAGAAAUUGCUCUCAGAACAUCGACAACUUUAUAUGUUGGAAACUUGUCGUAUUUUACAAAAGAAGAUCAAGUUUAUGAACUUUUUGGAAGAGCUGGAGAUGUUAGAAGAGUUAUUAUGGGAUUGGAUCGUUUCAAAAAAACACCAUGUGGUUUUUGUUUCGUUGAGUGAGUUUUUUAUUUGAAAAACGAAGAUAAAAUUAGUUUUUAUGAAAGAGUUAUGCAAAGUUACAGAAAAAUUCUAUUUUUUGUAAUCAGUUUUCUCGGGGAUCAAUGAUAAUAAUAUCCUUUGUUAAUUUCAGAUAUUAUACUCGAGAAGAUGCCGAACUUGCUCUUCAAAAUAUAACAAAUACUCGAUUAGAUGAUCGUUUGGUUCGUGCUGAUUGGGAUGCUGGAUUCAUUGAAGGAAGACAAUAUGGAAGAGGAAAACAUGGAGGACAAGUUCGAGAUGAAUACAGAAAAGAUUUCGAUCCAGAAAGAGGAGGUUGGAAUCGAAUGAUCUCUGGAAGAGCUGAAAGACAAUAA